ACAAAAAGAAGACUCACCCCACAAAAACAUCCAAUGAUUGCACAAUCUCUCCCUCUCUUCUCUCACUCCCUUAUGUGCAGUGAUUUAGACUCAACACAUCCAUCACUGUUUACAUUCUUCUGAAGUUUUGCACUUUGUAACGUUGUAUAACCUAAGAUAAGCACGUCUGAGGGAUUUUCUUGAUUGAGCAAAAAUGGCUGUGUUUCUGUUCCUCGUCCUGGUCAGCGCUGGAGUCUUUCUGGACACAGCGGAGGCGCAGGAGGAUCUCAGCAAGCUUCCUGAAAACUACAGGAAAGGCGUUGAACUGGCUGUUGAACAAAUCAACUCGCAUCAGACAAUCAAAAGCAUUUUUCUCUUCUUCAAGAGUCUGGAAAAAUCUUCCAUUGAUGGUGGGUUUGGUGUUAGUUAUAUCUACCAUCGCUUCUACCUUAAAGCCACUAGAUGCCCUAAAGGAACUGCGAAUGCAGACCCGACUAAAUGUGCUUUCAGAAAUGACAGACCUCUGAUUGACUGUGGAAUCUGCUAUAAGACACACGCUGGAGAGAUUGAGGAUGAACCGAAGGCUUAUGUUCACUGUAUUCACAAACCACAGCUCACACAGGAUUUGUUGAAAAAGAGAAUUGAGCACUGCAACAAAAUGAGCUACGCUAACGGAUCUCCAUCUCUCCUGUCAUCAAUGAAGACCAAGUAGAUGAAACAUACAACAUAUAAAAACUCAUUGCUAAGUAUCAGCCACACUGCAGAAUAUCUUUGCUCUGUUCUUGUUUCUAAAAUUAGCAUCAGAUAUUAUGAGCGAUGCUAUUUGUUUAACAUCAUUUAUUCAUUUAAAAAACUGAAUUCUUAAAAGGAAUGAAUU